AUGGCACCUCUCUCACCAAGGAUACUCUCGCUAGCAAUCGGUGCUCUGGCCCUCACCCCGCUGACCUCCGCAUGGACGCUCACCUGGCGCAACUCGACGGCCGGCGCCACCAUCAUCGAAGAGAACAAGCCCGAAAACUGCACGCGGAUCUGGCACCAGGAAGGCGAAGCGUUCUCCUGGGAUCCAGAGGGGAAAUGGUGCAUGCACUUCUACAAGGACGCUGCAUGCUCGGAAAUCGCUGGCCUCGCCUGUGACGGCAAGGUCUGGCGCAAGGACGCCAGUCGCAACCUCUCCGCCUUCGACGUCUACCCGAUGCCCCCGGACUCGGUCAGCGUCAUUUUCCCGUCCACCUCAUCUACAACCACCACCUCGUCUCCAUCACACACCCCAACAUCCACCGCCGUAACAACCACCGCCGCAGAAUCCCAAUCAGCGACCUCCGCAGCGGCAACCACCACCCCGACCGGACCCCCCUCCAGCACCUCCCUCUCCGGCGGCGCCAUCGCCGGAAUCGUCAUCGGCGCCCUCGCCGCCCUCGCCGUCCUGGGCGCCCUCUUCUUCUUCCUCGGAAAACGCAACCGCAAGGCUGCCCAGCCCGAGAACCCCCGCGCUACAUCGCCACAAACACCGCAAUUUCCGCCCGGCUCCCCGCUGGGCCUCGUCUCGACGAGCGACACGGGCUCCCCGGCGCCGGCGUAUGUCGUCCCGCACAAGCAGGAACUCGCCGAGGCGGAGAUGUACCAGGCCUCGUAUCCGCAUCCGCAUCCGCAUCCGCGCGCGUACGCGGGAUCCAAGUUCGUCGAGUUACCCGGUAACGGGGCGGAGGCGGAGCUGAGUAAUAGUCGGCAGGUGCAUGAGAUGGAUGGGACGAGUGAUAUCAAGAGGCCGGUUUAUGAGGCUGCUUGA